CGUCGGCGGCGGCGGCGGCGGCGGCCGUGAGUGUCGGGCGGGCGUCCGCGUCCGGAACGCGGGAUGGAGCGCCACGGAGUUCCGUUUUUUUGACUGUUAUAUGAAAGGAUGAUUGCUCACAAACAGAAAAAGACAAAGAAGAAACGUGUCUUGUCAACAGGCCAGCUCUCUACUGAUGUUACAACUUCUGAAAUGGGGCUCAAGUCCAUAAAUUCCAACUCCAUUUUGGAUCCUGAUUACAUCAAGGAGUUGGUGAAUGAUAUCAGGAAGUUCUCCCAUGUGUUACUAUAUUUGAAAGAAGCUAUUCUUUCAGAAUUAUUACAACAAUCACAUGAGAUCUUCAGGAAAACAGACUGUUUUAAAGAAGUCAUUCAUAUACGUCUGGACGAGCUUCUUCGUGUUUUAAAGUCUGUAAUGAAUAAACAUCAGAACCUCAAUUCUGUUGAUCUUCAAAAUGCUGCAGAAAUGCUUGCUGCAAAAGUGAAAGCUGUGAACUUCACAGAAGUAAAUGAAGAAAACAAAAAUGAUCUCUUCAGAGAGGUGUUUUCUUCCAUUGAAACCUUGGCCUUUACCUUUGGAAAUAUCCUGACAAACUUCCUCAUGGGAGAUGUAGGCAAUGAUUCAUUAUUGCGACUGCCUGUUUCCCGGGAAAGUAAGUCUUUUGAAAAUGUUUCUGUGGAAUCAGUGGACUCAUCCAGUGAAAAAGGAAGUUUUUCUCCUAUAGAAUUAGACAGCAUGCUGUUAAAGAACACUAACUCUAUAGAAUUGGCUUUGUCAUAUGCUAAAACAUGGUUAAAAUAUACCAAGAACAUAGUUUCAUGGGUUGAAAAGAAGCUGAGCUUGGAAUUGGAGUCCACUAGAAAUAUUGUCAAGUUGGCAGAGGCAACUAGAACUAACAUUGGACUACAGGAGUUUAUGCCACUGCAGUCUUUAUUUACCAAUGCUCUUCUUAAUGAUAUAGAGAGCAGUCACCUUUUACAACAAACAAUUGCAGCUCUCCAAGCCAACAAAUUUGUGCAGCCUCUACUUGGAAGGAAAAAUGAAAUGGAAAAACAAAGGAAAGAAAUAAAAGAACUUUGGAAACAGGAACAAAAUAAAAUGCUUGAAACAGAGACUGCUCUUAAAAAGGCAAAAUUGUUGUGCAUGCAACGUCAAGAUGAAUAUGAAAAAGCAAAAUCUUCCAUGUUUCGUGCAGAAGAGGAGCAUCUGUGCUCAAGUGGUGGAUUAGUAAAAAAUCUCAACAGGCAGCUAGAAAAAAAGCGAAGACUGGAAGAAGAGGCUCUUCAAAAAGUAGAAGAAGCAAAUGAACUCUACAAAGUUUGUGUGACAAAUGUUGAAGAAAGACGAAAUGAUCUAGAAAAUACCAAAAGAGAAAUUUUAACACAACUCCGGAAACUUGUUUUCCAGUGUGAUCUUACCCUUAAAGCUGUAACAGUUAACCUCUUCCAGAUGCAACACCUGCAGGCUGCCUCCCUCGCGAACAAUUUACAGUCUCUCUGUGAUGGUGCCAAACUCUAUGACCCAGGCCAGGAGUACAGUGAAUUUGUCAGGGCCAUGAAUUCAGCUGAGGAAGAAAAAGUUGAUGGGAAUGUAAAUAAACAGUUAACAAAUUCCCCUCACACUUCUGGAUAUGGACCUUCCGACUCUUUAGAAGAUGUUGUGCGCCUUCCUGACAACUCUAAUAAGAUUGAAGAGGACAGAUGCUCUAACAGUGCAGACAUAUCAGGUCCUUCUUUUAUAAGGUCAUGGACAUUUGGGAUGUUUAGUGAUUCUGAGAGCACUGGAGGAAGCAGUGAAUCUAGAUCUCUGGAUUCUGAAUCUAUAAGUCCAGUGAAUUUUCUUUUAGGAGACUUUCAUCGAAAACUUCCACGAACUCCAUCCAGUGGAACCAUGUCUUCUGCAGAUGAUCUGGAUGAAAGAGAGCCACCUUCCCCUUCAGAAUCUGGACCCAGUUCCCUCGGAACAUUUAAGAAAACUUUGAUGUCAAAGGCCGCUCUCACUCACAAGUUUCGCAAACUGAGAUCCCCCACGAAGUGCAGGGACUGUGAAGGCAUUGUGGUAUUCCAGGGUGUUGAAUGUGAAGAGUGUCUCCUUGUUUGUCACCGAAAGUGUUUGGAAAAUUUAGUCAUCAUCUGUGGUCAUCAGAAACUUCUGGGGAAAAUACACUUAUUUGGAGCAGAAUUCACACAGGUUGCAAAAAAGGAACCAGAUGGCAUCCCUUUUGUACUCAAAAUAUGUGCCUCAGAGAUUGAAAAUAGAGCCUUGUGUCUACAGGGAAUUUAUCGUGUAUGUGGAAACAAAAUAAAAACUGAAAAACUGUGUCAAGCAUUGGAAAAUGGAAUGCACUUGGUAGACAUUUCAGAAUUUAGUUCACAUGACAUCUGUGAUGUCUUGAAAUUAUACCUUCGACAGCUACCAGAACCAUUUAUUUUAUUCCGAUUGUACAAGGAAUUUAUAGACCUUGCAAUAGAGAUCCAACAUGUAAAUGAAGAACAAGAGAUGAAAAAGGAUAAUCCUGAGGACAAAAAAUGUCCAAGUACGUGUAUAGAAAUAAACCGAAUUCUUCUAAAAAGCAAGGAUCUUCUAAGACAAUUGCCAGCAUCAAAUUUUAACAGCCUUCAUUACCUCAUAGUUCAUCUUAAGCGAGUCGUAGAUCAUGCAGAAGAAAACAAAAUGAACUCCAGAAACUUGGGGGUGAUAUUUGGACCAAGUCUCAUUAGGCCAAGGCCCACAACUGCUCCUAUCACCAUCUCCUCUCUUGCUGACUAUUCAAAUCAAGCGCGGUUGGUGGAGUUCCUCAUUACCUACUCACAGAAGAUUUUCGAUGGGUCCCUACAGCCACAAGAUGUAGCUGUGUGUAGUGCAGGUGGUGGUGCAUCUCAGGUUGACCAAGGCUAUCUUCCGAAGCCUCUGUUAUCACCAGAAGAAAGAGAUCCAGAACAUUCUACGAAGUCACUGUUUUUCUCUUCAAAGGAAGAUAUCCAUACUGCAGAUAGUGAAAGCAAAAGUUUUGAAUCCACUGCAUCAUUUGAGGAAUCAGAACGGAAGCAAAAUGCAUUCGAAAAAUGUGAUGCAUGUCUCAUUGAACUUAAGAAUGCACUUUGGUGCCUACAGCCCGACCGCAGUGUGUCAGGUCCCUUAGGGUGUUCUAUACACAUGGGGAAGCACCUGGGAAAUCAAAACAAGAGAGCACUGCCCUGGAAGCCCAGAGAAGAGAGGUCCACAGUCUCAGACAACAAAGUGCGUUUGCUUGUAGACCAAGAGCUUGAAUCAGCAUCACAAAAGAUGGAAGAUGUUUGUAAAACCUCCAAGCUGCCUACUCUGAAGUCCGAUAGGGAAAUAAAUGGCGUCGAGAGGCAUACUCCAAGGACCAAGAUUAGACCUGUAAGUUUGCCUGUAGACAGACUACUACUUCUUGCAAGCUCUCCUAAUGAGAGAAAUGGCAGAAAUAUGGGGAAUGUAAAUUCAGACAAGUUUUGCAAGAAUCCUACCUUUGAAGGAGUUAAUAGAAAAGACACCCCAACUAUUGUUUGUUCCAAAUGUGAUGGCUUUGAUCAGCAACCUCUACAGAAAACUCGGGAGAAACAGUAUGAACAAAAUGAGCUGACUGCAAAGACUGCAGUGAUUGUGCCCAGUGCAUUGCAGGAAAGAGAAGUGUCAGUGAGCAUCAGGAGUGGUGGGGACCACCCAGUCAGCACCACCAGUAAGCCAUACACAGAACCCAUCAGGUCAGCCAGACAGGUGUCCGAGAGGCGGUCUUCUGACUCCUGCCCUCCUGCUCCUGUCAGAGCACCCAGAACACUGCAGCCCCAGCACUGGACCACGUUUUAUAAACCACCUGCUCCUGCUGCUAGUGGGAGAGGGGAUGAGGAGAAAUCUGUGACAUCCUCCGCAGCUGUGCCCCCUUGCACAACUCACGCUCCCCAGGAGCACGCGCUGAAAUCAGUGCCAGGUUCUGAAAAUGCAUCAGCUGGUCCCGUGCAGCCGGUUAGCAAGCCUAAAGAGAAGGCUGAAGAGCGUGACUUACCUGGUGUACAUCCAGCGUGUCAGAGACCGAGGCUAAAACGAAUGCAGCAGUUUGAAGACCUUGAAGAUGAAAUCCCACAGUUUGUGUAGGGUUGUCAGAAUUCAGUUUUUCUUUUUUUGUUUUCUGGUGUUGUAUUUGUUUUCUGGAAGAAAUUUUUGACAGGGCCUGUCUUGUAUAGAAUUGCCAAAUCAUGGAUUUUGUUUUUUGUCAUUGUGUUGUGUUAUCCUGUGUUGGUUAUAUUGAAUGACAGAAUGUUUUGAUAGGGGCCCCAUCUGUGCCUCACUGGAAUUAUAUGUAUUUUUGACGUUGUGAAUAAAUAGAUAGACUCAUGUUUUUUAAAGUUCA